AUGCAGGCCACCAACGCGGAAGGCCACCAACGCGGAAGGCCACCAACGCGGAAGGCCACCAACGCGGAAGGCCACCAACGCGGGAGGCCACCAACGCGGGAGGCCACCAACGCGGGAGGCCACCAACGCGGGAGGCCACCAACGCGGGAGGCCACCAACGCGGGGAGGUCGUUGACGUGGGAGGCCGCCAAGAACCAUCAAACAGUUGGAUUACAGGAUAUAGUUUACGCAUACCUCGCGGGGCGCAAUAUUGGAAAAAAUUGGUGUGGGGGCGGAUCAUCCCCAUCAUCCGACUAG